UUAGCAUCCUUCUUUUUAAAAACAAUGAGCACAGCAAUAGAAGAUAAACAUACGCUCCUCCAUCGCCGUAAUCAUCAGCAGUCUUGGGUCGCCAUCCUUGUCUCUGUCCGUAGGGUGGAAUAUUCGCAUUCGAGCUGCCCGACGUCGUAAUCAACGCGCCGUAUUCAUUAUAACUCACGCCUUCUUCCAUCUUUUCUUCUUCCUCUGGUUAUCUCUUCUCUCUGAUUCCCUUGUUAUGAACACUGCUGAAGAUGAAGGUUGUGGUGAGCAAAACCGGCACAAACUUUAACCGUUUACCCGGCGCAAACACAAAAUAAUUUCUGACCUCCGCGACUUCUGAUAUUCGCUGUUCUCAGUUCUAUUCAGUCUAUCAGACCUUUAACAAAGACAGAAAGACAUAUACAAUCAGGACCGAGAUGUCGACAGAACCUCCUCCCCCCCGGAACCCGGUCUUCGAGGCCAUGGGCAUCCCCCGAAUCCGUCUCCCCGGACCCAAGAUGUCGCUCUUCCUGCUCACCGUCGGCGGCAUCGCAGGUCUAAUCUACUACGACCGCCGCGAGCGUCGAGCGAACCGGCAGAGAUGGAAAGACAGAGUGUCAUUCCUUGCUCAAGAGCCGCUGCCCGUCACAGCCCUCCCCCGCUCCGUCAAGGUCUACCUCUCGCCGCCGCCGGGGGAUCAUAUGGACAUCACGAUGACCCAUUUCACGCAGUACGUCAAGCCGAUCUUGACCGCUGCUGCUAUAGACUGGGAAGUGGUCAAGGAGUACAGACAGGGCGAUAUCCGGUACAGCGUAGCCGAGGAGAUCCGCAAGCAGCGACGGGGCGACGACGAUCGGAACGAGUACGAAAAGAAGGCGGCCGCGAACUUGACUAGAGAUCCGAGCGGGGGGGCUAUUUGUAUCGGACGGGGAGCGUAUAAGGAGUAUCUGCAUGGCGUGCACGAGGGAUGGCUUGGGCCGCUUGAGCCUCCUGCUUUACCCGAGCCUGAGCUGCCAACCAAGCCUGAGAACGUUGCGCAGGAUCAGACAUCUGCUGCUGCUGCCGACGCACGCGACGCGUUUGUCGAAAACGCCGCGACCGCCGUCUCCGAAGCCGAUGCAUCCUCCUCUGCUCCUCCCACCCCUCCCUCCGAAACAGAGUCAGAAGAAGAGCGCAAGAAGAAAGAAGAAGAAGCAAAGAAACCCCCGAAACCAUACAUCUCGACCGCCGACUACGCGAGCGCGUCCACGCCCCCCGAGUUUGCAAAACUAGACCACCUCGGCCCGGUGAUGUACGUGCCGCAUCCGCACAUCCUCGGGUUCAGACAUACCCCGAUCCGGACCUACCGCUUCUUCACCCGCCGCGACCUCGCCGACAGCGUCGGGCGCGCGACAGCAGCUGUCGCGCUGAACAAUACGCGGCCGUUUGUUUCGCGGAUCGAUGUCGACGCGGGGAAGCAUGAGGAGGAUGAGUGGCCGACGAAGUGGAAGCAGACGGGGUUGGAGAGGGGGUCGGAGUGGAUGCAGGACGUGGUGGUGGACGAGAGAGUGGUGGAGAAGUUGAGGGUGUAUGAGGUACCUGCCGAGUUUGACGAGCAGAGUCCAUCUACGAACGAGAAUUAACUGUAUAUAGAGAAUUGUAAAUAACAACCGUUAACAUCA